AUGGGUUCCAUUCAACCUCAUCCCUCUUACAACCUCUCGAAUCCCUUCCGAACUCGCAUCCUCAAUGGCCAAAUAACUCCCUUGAUGUCGAUCAAGUUUGUCACGGGGAAUGAAAUCCCCAUGAUGUGCAAAAUGGCCGGCAUCCACGCCAUGUUCAUCGACAUGGAGCAUUCCUCCCUGGACAUGCGCACCGUCGCCCAAUUAAUCCUCGCCUGCAACUACGCCGGCGUCUCACCAGUCGUGCGUUCGCCCUCCAAGUCCCACUGGCACAUCAGUCGCAUCCUAGACGCCGGUGCGGCGGCGGUUGUGAUUCCGCACGUGGAGACGAUCCAAGAAGUCCGGGAUAUCGUGCGCCAUGCGAAGUUUGCGCCACUAGGAACGAGAGGCUGCACGAAUAACCAGGCAGUAUUGAAUUUCCAGCACGUGCCGACUCUCGUGCAGAAUGAGAUCUUGAACGAGCAGACGAUGUUGAUCCCGAUGAUCGAGACGCCGGCGGCCGUCGACAUCGCAGAGGAGAUCCUGGCCGUUGAGGGCGUUGACGGGGUGUUGGUCGGAUCGAACGAUUUGUGCACGGAUCUGGGCAUCCCUGGCAAGUAUGACAGUGAUCUGUAUCAGGAUGCCGUGACGAAGGUGAUCCAGGCGGCGAAUAAGACUGGUAAGCCCGUGGGCAUUGGAGGUAUCGGUGGCCGGUUGGACAUUUUGGAGAAGUGGUUCGCCAUGGGAGCGACAUGGUCGUUGAGCGGUCAGGAUGCAUCCAUCUUGCAAACCGGGAUGAAGAAGAUACAUGAGAACUAUGCGGGGAUUAGCGAUAAGUUGAAUAAGAAGCCCUAG